UAUUUUUAUAUUAAAUAAAGAUUUGAAUAUUAAUUUAAAGCUUUCGAUAUAAUAACCGAAUUUUUGUGAAAUUAAUAUGACGAAAUGUCUGAUAUUUAAAUAAAUUUCUUUGAUUUUAUCAAACGUCAAACUUCAAUUGGUCAUUGAAGAGUCACGUUUCGCGAUACAAUCACAUAAACAGGUUUGAGACACUUUCGCGGAUUCUUAGAAAUCAGUUUUGAGAUUAGGUUAACAUAACCUGAAACAUAAAAGAUGACGGUUGAAUUAUCAGCAGUACCACUUGUUUCUUUAUCCGUCCAAAGUAAAUGUGUUAUUUCGUCAUUAUUAAAUCCUCCGAAAAUUUUGCCUUCUGAAAAUGGAUUACCAAGAGAUUGGAGAGGCCUCGCGCACGUUUGCAAAUUAAGUGGAGAAAUAAUACCACUAUUGACGUCACAUCCAGAUCCAACUGCAUAUAUUUUAACAGCUUGGCAACAGCAAGAAAAAAAUAUUACGCUGAAGGAUUUACAGACGGUGUUGGAAGAAAUUGAACGAUGGGAUAUCUUAGACGAUACAUCAAAACUUUUUGAGAAAGAUGGUGAAAGAUAUCUAGAACAAUUGAAAAGGUCUCAGACAUCGGCUGAAGUAAUUUCAAAUGACAUUGAUGAAAAGGUCCUUACUAUAGAUGACAUUCAUAGACUAAGACAAGGAUUAGAAAAUCAAUAUUAUGAUGCUUUCUUAUUGUAUGCCAAUGAAGAUGUUAAUUGGGCCACUGAAAUGUUGGAAAAAUUGGAAAAUAAAUAUAACUUGAAGCUUUGUGUAAAAGAUCGGGAUUUAAUUGCUGGAGUUACAUUCGAACAUGAAGCCGUAAUGACUUUGAUAUCAGAACGCUGUAAUAGACUAAUUGUUCUAAUAUCAAACAAUUUUUUAAAAAGCCCAGCAAACAAAUUCUUUUUGAGCUAUGCUCAAGCAUUAGGCAUUGAUAAACGACAAAGGAAAGUUAUACCAUGUUUGUAUGAAAAAUGCAAAUUGCCACCACAGCUACAAUAUAUGUUUGUAUUAGAUUAUAACAGAGUGGGUUUGUAUGACUUCUGGGGAAAAUUAAGAGACUCUGUACAAGUUGUAAAUAAAGUAGAAGAAAAUACCAACAUUGUUCCUGUGAAAGAUUUCAGCAACUUCGAUGCGAAUAAUGAAAGUAAAAAAGAUAAAGAAAGUACAAAAGAAUCUUUUGAAGUACAAAAGCCUCACCUUCAAAAUAAUAAAGAAAUGCUUAAUAUAAAAGAGAAUCCAAAAAUUCCUAAAUUUGACAAUGUUCAUAAGUUGAAAGAUAAUGACAAUUCCAAAGAUAAUUUUUUACAAUGGACAAAAAGGAAUUUUUUACAGUGGUCCAAAAAAGAAAAUAAUAGAAAGGAGUAUGUACCAAUUUCAGAGACUGUUAGUUUACCAUCUAUCGGGGAUCUGGAUACAUUGAGUACAUCAACAGAGUUAAUAGAAGAAAAGAAUAAAAUAAAAUUUAUAAAUAAAUAUGUAAAAAAAGUACAGUUAAAAAAGAUACUUAUCAAAUCAUAAAAGAGUAUAUCUUAUUAAUGUAUUUCUGUUUAAUAUGUGAAAAACAAAAUAUAUGUAAUUAUGUUAUAUUUAAUAAUAAUUAAGUAUAUACUUGUUAAGUCUUUAAUAAAAU